UCGUAGUGUGUAAAGAGACAACCUUUCAGAACCUCGUACAAAUUUCAUGCUCCGAUGAUGCGAUGAUUCAUGGUGAUAUACUGACAGCAGUGAUUUGUGGAGCUUGAGAAUUUGUUAAAACAAUUUUAUAUUUAGAGAAAUACGACCUCUUUAAAAACACACAGAUAAUUAUUUUGAUUUAAUCCGAAAAAUCUUUUAUUAUACUGACACCAUCUGCUUUUUUUUUUUUAUGGAGACAUCGUUAUCAAAUAAUAAGUGACAGGACCAGAAUGGAUGUCCUUAACAAACUUCGAAAUACAGUCAGCAAUACUAUCAGCAAUACCGUUCAAAAUACGGCGUACGGUUUGUCACAGCUGUCUAGCGUUUUACCUGGCAAUCCUGUUACCAGGGAAUUCGAAGCGACCGCUCAUGUGGCGAGCGCUGGACCAGGAUUAUUGUGGAAGAUUUACAGCGGCUACAAAAAGUCCACUAAGCAGGAAGCUGCUAUUUUCGUCUUUGAGAAACGCAUGCUGGAUAAAUGGUCUGCCAAAGCGGAUCGUGAACUUGUAUUGGAAACCCUGAAACGAGGUGUGAUGCAGUUGACAAAACUGAGACAUCCGCAAGUUUUGAUUGUGCAACAUCCGCUGGAAGAAUCGAGGGACAGUCUUGCGUUUGCAACUGAACCAGUAUUUGCUAGUCUGGCUAAUGUAUUAGGUAAUUAUGAGAAUAUACCUCAACCAACUCCAGCAAAUUUGAAAGAUUACAAACUACAUGAUAUAGAAAUACGCUAUGGAUUGUUGCAAUUGGGAGAAGGUCUGGCAUUUCUACAUAGCGAUGUAAAAUUGUUGCAUAGGAAUCUGUGUCCAGAAUCAAUUGUUAUUAAUAUCCAUGGAGCUUGGAAGAUAUUUGGCUUUGACUUCUGUGCCUUAAAUCAAAAUCCAGACAGCAAACAGCCAUCAUGGUUGUAUCAGGAAUAUGAUCCGACACUCCCAGCAGUUGUGCAACCUCAGUUAAAUUAUCAGGCGCCCGAAUGCAUAUUAGCGAGUAGUAACGGGCCAGCGAGCGAUAUUUUUGCCUUAGGCAUGCUGAUAUAUACAAUACAUUCCUCGCAACAUCAACCGCUUUACGAAUCACACAAUGAUUUGGGAAAGUGCCGACGUUUUCUAGAAAAUUUUAAAGGCUCCAAUGUCUCGGCAAAGUUGCUUCCAAUUCCCGAGACUCUGAGAGAUACUGUAAAGCUCAUGUUGAGUCAUAGUCCAGAAUUGAGAUUAGAUGCUCAUCAAUUCAUCAAGAUUGAAUAUUUUACUGAUAUUGGUGUUAAGACGUUAAAUUAUUUGGACAAAUUAUUCCAAUGGGAUAAUCUUCAAAAAUCGCAAUUUUACAAAGGUCUUCCACAACUGUUGAAACAAUUGCCACAUAGGGUUGCUCUUCAUAGAGUAUUACCUGCGCUUUAUAAAGAAUUGGUUAAUCCACCUAUGAUACCGUUUGUAUUGCCGAGUAUACUGCAAGUUAUGGAAGUUACUGAGAUAGAGGAAUUUCGAGAACAUAUCCUUCCUAAUUUGAAACCUGUUCUUGCUUUGGAAGAUCCGCCACAAAUCAGUUUAGUUCUCAUGCAGAAUAUAAAUUUAUUAUUGAAAUUGUGCCCUACGGGUGUCAUUAAGACCGAUAUAGUGCCUAUGUUACUGCGUGCAUUGGAAUCCGAAUGGGAACAGCUUCAAGAACUCUGCUUAUCGGCAUUGCCGAACAUAGUGACGAUGAUCGAGGGACCAGUUAUUAAAAACGCUAUACUGCCGCGAAUGAAAAAGAUUUGUUUGUCGCCAGGGAAGAAAUCUACCAGUCUCGGAAUACGCGUUAACUGUUUACUUUGUCUCGCGAAAAUGUUACCGAAUUUUGAUCGUUGGCUGGUGUUCGAUCAGAUAUUACCAUUUCUACAAGAAGUUCCUCAUUCUGGCGAACCAGCCAUUUUAAUGGCUAUUAUAGGUAUUUACAGAAUGCUACUCACUCAUAGUAAAUUAGGUAUGGGCAAAGAAAUACUGGCAACAAAAGUACUACCAUUUCUGUUACCUCUUUGCAUAGAGCAAAAUCUUAGCAUGUCACAGUAUGAAACUCUUUCUACGUUGGUCGUUGAUAUGAUAAAUCGAGUAACUAGCGAACAUCGAGAAGCGUUACGACAAUUGGAUGCAGUACGUCGCGAGACACAACAAUUCGAUCAAGCGCUUUCUCAAGUAACGUCACCCUCUUUUAUGCAAAAUAAUAGCCUGAGUGACAUUAAUUUGACGCCUGAAAUUCCAUCCUCGAACGCUAAUCCCAAACCUGUAAACAUUGAAAAUGGAUUAACCAUGGAAGAUAAGCUCAGAUUAAUUCACCAGCAGGAGGCGCAUCAAAGAUUGCAAUCCCAAUCUAUAUUGACUCCUAAGACUGUGUCACAACCUAUAAAACCACAACCAAAGGAUUUAACCGCCACUUUGCUGAAAAACAAUUUAGAUGAAUUAAAUCUAUCCAUGUCAAAAUCGACUAUGUCGCAGCCAGAUUAUUCUAAAAAUACUAUGUACAAGUAUGAGAAUAGUUUAACGCAAUCACAAUUUUUAACAUCUCCAACGCAAACAAUGCCGAAUAACGUUCCCAUGAAUAGACCGAUGAAUUGGAACUCCAAUGGCAUAAACGCGUCUAUAAAUUGGAAUUUACAACAAUCCACGUCGAUGUGGAAUACUAUCACUCCCCAAAAUAAUAUGAAUUUUACAACACAGCCAGAAAUUAAGCCAAAUUUAAACUUUCCUGGAAUGUUACAACCAUUUAUGUCGCCAACUAAUACACAAACCAAUACAAACAUAUCUAAUUCAUCCACGCAAGAUAUCAUGGAUUUGCUCAGUUAAUAGGUAACAUAAAUCUAUUUGCAAUUUAUGAUAAAAUUAAAAAGAUAGUGGCAAUAUUAAAGAAUGAUAUGAUAACACUAUAUCGUGAUUGUAAUAUAUUGUAUUCUUUUUAUCUCUGCAAUUUCUCGCAGCUUUAUCGAAGAUAAAAGUUACCGUUAUUUAAUAAGAAAUUAUAAAACAAUAGAUCUCUCUCGUUUUUUUAUGUCAGUACGAGCAAUUAAUUGCAGUAUUAUACAUGUAUCAAUGAUAAAUUAGAUUUUUGUUACAUACACUUUUGUAGAUAAUGUUUUGUGUAAAAUAAUUCAAUUGUAAAUCUUAAGAAAUUUAAAAAAAAGAUUAAUUAUCGAAAAAAAACGCAUUCACAUUUAGCAUGAAAUUAAUAUGUUUGUAUAAUCUUCUCGAAAUUGAAAUGUUUCAUAUAUUUAUAUUUCUCACAUUUCGACAAUACCGAUAAGGAGAAAAGUUUAUAUAUGAAAUUGUCUCUUGACUUUUUCUUGAUCGUCACUUUUAUUGUAUAUUUCGCGUUUUAAUAUUUACAAACUAUUAAAGUAGUUAUAUGUAUUUAUAUAUAAAGACAUUCCCACAUAUAUCGACAACUGCUAGAAAUAUAUCUUUCAAAGAAUAUCAAUUCAUACUUUAUGAAACUUGUUACAAGUUACUACGAAUGCAACGUAGAAUAGUAGUAACUUCGAAUGUGAUAAUAAAAUGGAAGUCACACAGUCUUUUAUACAGAAAUGUAUAAUAUUUUUAUCGUGAUUUAAUUUGCCAUACUUUCUCACGCUUUGAUGUAUAUAUAGCUUGGUCGCAGGUUAAGGAAAACUUUAAUGCAAGAAAUAUUUAAUGUAGGCAUUACUCACAUUAAAUAUAAUUCA